AGAGAACGAGACGUAGGUGUCGUAGUCGUAGUCGUAGGGUAAGGCAGAAAAAAACGUUAGUCGUAAUAUACUACUAUUCUAGAGUCUAGAAUAGUAUACUACGACAUGUACGACUUACGUUUUUCUCUGCCUUGCCCUACGGGCUACGACUACGACUGCAACACCUAGCUACGUCUCGUUCUCUGCCUUCGGCUUAAGAGAGUAAGAGAGUAAGAGAGAGAGAAAGAGAGAGAGAGAGAAGGAUAAUAUAUUUCGGAGUACAUUGUGAGACCCAAUCGAACACGGCAUGGAAAUAACGCAUUAUCCGUCGGAAAUACGGCUACGUAGUUCAAUAUGCACAUCGAGGCGCUAGUACAUGGGAAACGCUGGCAUAGCAUGUCCGCUUCCAGUUUGUCUCUCCGCCGGGAAUGUCGGUGGUCAGCGGUCGCCACAGUCGCGAUCAUCUGAUCGGCUGUCAAACCUCUUGGUCCUCGUGCGUCGCAUCUGUCGGCAGGUUCGGACGUUGGGAUCUGGGGAUUGAUGGGGAGUGGAGAUGAUCGGGAGAGACGCGCGUUCCUGAGCGUCGUCGUGGCUUCAUUCGGCUUUAAAAUGUGCGCAAGGAGAUAGUACCGGCGAGAAAACAUGAACAAGAACAUGAAUUCGCCGUCGAAACUCACGGAGUUCGCUCCGUUAAGCCCCGAGGAGAGCCAGCCCGUCGUAGCAUCGCUCUUCUCCAAGUUCUUCAGCUUCACCAGGAAUAGCGCUAACGAUUCUACUGUGUCUUCUAACAACGACGAACGCAGCUCUUCUGAUUCGGAGUCCUGGAAGCAAUCAGAGAGCACAGAACAAACCCCGGACGACGAUAGUACUAGUAUAAUAAAUUUUCCAUUGGACACCAGUGAAGGUCGUAGCUUACCAAACGUUCUGAAGCGCAUCAGUAAUAUCGUAGCUUUAAAAAGUAAUAAUCUACGCUCAUACAAGGAUUCUCAGUUAAGAAGCUACUGGAUGCCAGAUAGCGUGAGCAAACAGUGUUACGAAUGUGGCGAAAGAUUUACGACGUUUCGACGAAGGCACCACUGUCGUGUGUGUGGCCAAAUUUUCUGUUCCAAAUGUUGCUCCGAUCAAAUACCAGGAAAAAUCAUGGGAUGCACUGGAGAUCUCAGAGUUUGUACAUAUUGCUGUAAAGUGGUUCUGUCCUACUUACAAUCUUCGGACAUGAGGAGCGAUUUAUCGGCGGAUUUAAAAGCGGUGCAGGAGGAUCUUCAAGUGAAGUAUGGUAAUGAUUCGCCGCUAUUAGCGCGAAAACACGCUAAUGAAACUAUGGGUGACGAAACGACAUGUCGGAAGCCAAGCGUGGGAUAUAUGGAAGAGAAUUAUGCAACUGGACGAUCAAGCGGUAGCUAUUUGACAUCGCAGGAACGCUCUCUUGCGUUACAAAAUUCGGCUUCUUUAAGAAUGAUAUGGGAGGAAUUGUUCCGCUCUAGUCAAGCCAUUCAGUUGCAAACGCAUAGAAUUCGAUUGAAGAGUUAUCACAAUUGUUUUCUGGCGAACGAAUUGGUGAAUUGGAUGAUAGUUCAAAAUAAAGCGGCCACUCGUGUGCAGGCAACUGCGAUAGGUCAGGCAUUGCUAGAAGCAGGUUUCAUCGAGUCGGUUGUUCCUGAUUAUGUAUUCAGCGAUUCGGCAAUUGUGUUCAGACCGGUACCGUUAUCCUCUUUGCAAAACAUUGAGUUAUUAACGGAAAAACGUACAACAUGCGAUGCGCAAGAGCCAGCCUGGGUAAAAACUAUUCCUCAACAUGACUCGGCUACGGAUUCUGAAAGCGAGACUAGACCAAUGAGCUCGCAUUCGCAAACUUUCGGUCGCUUACCAUCAUCCAGUUCGAGUUUUUAUUUGGAUUUAAAUCUGGAGGCAUCCACUGUUACAUUAAAGAGACCGACUUCAGAAGAUUUAACCACUAUUUCUGUCGAUAGUAGUGACGGGAUAAUUGAGCAGAAGGAAAUUAAUCUUAAAUCGCACGACUGCAAUCUCAAAAUGUGCGACGAUUUUUUAAGCGAUACGCUUCAAGUACACGAGUUCAAGGAGAAAAACGGUUGGCACCGAGCGACUAAUCUGAGAACAGCCUUUGGUGAAUUAAGCUCAUACGAAUGUUUAAUAUCUGCGUACAAAGCUCAUGAAGAUUCUCUCAUUAAGCAACUACUCAGUAAGGAAAACUUGUCGCAAACGUGGUCGAAUACGAUUCUAUCUAUCACACAUCAGAUAGUUGAUCAAGUCAAACCGGAUCUGAAUCACGACGCGGACAAUAUGGACAUUCGACAAUACGUACAGUUCAAGAAGUGCCCCGGUGAUAGCAGGGAUGACUGCGAGAUCGUGUCCGGUAUAAUUUGCAGUAAGAAUAUUGCUCAUCGCGGUAUGAACGCCAUGAUUGCUCAUCCGAAAAUCUUAUUAUUGCAAUGCGGACUGAUGUAUCAACGCGUUGAGGGCAAGCUGAUAAGCCUAGAGCCUGUGAUGAUGCAGGAGAAUGAGUAUUUGGGACACACAGUGGCAAGAAUUACUGCUUUAGGUCCGGAUGUAGUACUAGUACAUCGAUCCGUAGCCAGAUUAGCUCAGGAUAGAUUAAGAGAAUGUGGCGUGACAUUGGUGCUAAAUGUGAAACUUAGUGUGUUAAAGAGAGUCGCACGGUGCACGGGUGCUAGUAUUGUAAAUACUAUAGACGCGCACAUAAGCGCUAGAUAUAUGCUUGGCACGUGCAAGAAAUUCUAUUUAAGAAAUUUUCCAGAUGAGCGAAGAGGUGUCAAGACAUUGAUGUAUUUCGAAGGCUGUGCAAAUCCACAUUUAGGCGCGACAAUUGUAUUGCGAGGCGGAUCGCAGUCCGAAUUAAAGAAAGUAAAGAACGUCACAUCGAUGAUGAUUUUCGCAGCUUACUCAUGGCGUCUCGAAAAGUCAUUCCUCAUGGACGAAUUCGCUAAACCACCGUCACCCAAGGAUAAUUCGUUUCUGGAUGAAACGUCUCAAAAAGAUUCUUCGAGAGACGAAAUGAUCGAAAAACUCGAAAGCUGCGGUGCCGACGAACACGCAAUUGAUGCGAUGAAGAAACCGUCGAAGAUAAUUCAAAAUAACGAAAAUAUCCUUAACAACGAGCAGAAAAUACAAAAUGUUCAGACAAACAAUUCGAGUAUGAAGAAUGAAAAUAAUUCUGAGAAUAUUUUAAAUGCAAAUUCUUCUGUGAAAGAAAUGUCGAUACUAUCGGAAGAUUCUGAUCCUUACGACACUUUAAAAUUAUUUAAGACGAAAUUAAAACCAUCUCUGCAUGACUCAAAAGAUACCAUAUCAGUGUCUUGUGAGAACGAUACGGUUUUAUAUAACGAUGAAUCUAAAGAUUUGACAGCAAAUACUUCCGGCUUCGAUUCCGGUACCACCGAAGCAUGUAACUCUGCGGACAAGGAGACGUAUAUCGAGCAAAAGACCGACGAAUUCGUCGACAAAACGAAGCUGAAAGACAGAAUAUCCUCCGAUGAGAAACGUAUCUACGGAGAAUCCAUUAGUGAUCGGAGUGAUCCGUUGCAUCAAUAUCUGAAUGAGGACGAUGAGGAUGUGUUUAGUCGUACGAGUCCGAGCGGUCAACAUCUAAGCGUUGCCGAUUUUCCGCUGUCCAAUAAAUUCAAGAAGGCGCUUGAGGAUACCGUGCUGAGCGUGUCGCCGUAUUUAAAAUUUUCGAUACCUUAUUUGGAGACCGAGAUCGGAAGAAACUGCGUGCUAAGAAGUUUCUUUCCGCGGGAGAUCUAUUACUCGGUGCAAUUUUUAGACAAUGUCAAGGAUACCAGAACGAACAGCGUGAACGAACAACUCGCGUCCGAGACGCGUCGUGAGUUGAUGAAUAUCAAGCUGAAGCCGCAGCACCCGUUCGUUCAGGCUCGUCUAACCACGGAUGUCGACGGUCGUGAGGUGCAGAGUCUUCUAGCGAAUUUCCGCGCGUGCGGCAACAGACUCUAUCCGACACACAACGUGUUGUUGGACAAGGUGCAGCAGUCACCAGCAUCAUUUGAGAGCAACGAGCAACAGGUGCCCUCCUGGCCGGAUUGUUUGGAUCCCAAUAGCCAUCAACGCCUGUCCGUCCUGUUCUGCAGCUUCUCGCACACCGGUAACAACACUCCGGCGUUCUGCGUGAAUCCCUGGGUCGUGAACAUGACGAUGUACGGCCAGAAUGACAUCGCCCUUGGCCGGUUUUUGGAACGUUACUGCCUGACGACAGAGUACAAGUGCCCGGCGCAGAAUUGCCGUGCGCAAAUUGCUCAGCACGUUAGGCGUUUUGCGCACGACGGUGGUUGUGUGCACAUCAAUCUCAGCGAGAUGAGCUGCGAACCAUUCGUGCAGGAGGACACCGAUCAGAUCCUGAUGUGGAGUAAAUGCGUCAAAUGUAAGAGCGUGUCGCCGGUGGUGCCGAUGUCGGGCGACACUUGGUGCCUGUCGUUCGCCAAGUAUCUCGAGCUGCGGUUCUAUGGCGGCGUCUACAUGAAGCGCGGGAUGAACACGUGUCAACAUUCCCUGCAUCAUGAUCACUAUCAGUACUUCACACGUAAAAACAUGCUGGCCGUGUUCAAGUUCACCAAGAUCUCGCAGUGGGAGAUCUCGCUACCGCCGCCAUUGAUCAACAUGAUCUACGAUCCGAAACAGCACGCUAACGUGAUUGAGGAAAUGAAGAGCGUAACAUUGAAAGGCGAUGAGGUAUUCACGACGAUAAGAGAAAAGCUGACGAGUCUGCAGACGGAUGUGGAAGUUCUGAACUUCGCCAAGCAACAACUGGCCAAGGAUCAACAAUACUUUAAGAACAAGAUCGAAGAGAUCCAACUAAAGCUAACGUCACCAACACUUGAGAAUAAAAAGCUGGAAGGUAAGACAUCCGAGAGGCAGGUGCAAGGACUGAUGUUCAGAAUCGAGGACGGCAUUGUGAUACUCAAAAGGCUCAUUGCGGAGGCCGUGUUCACGUGGAAUAACAAAUUGUUGGAGUUAUCGGUCAAGAAAAAGGACGAACGGCCACGUCGAUUCACCGAACGAUCCAUGACGGUCGGCAGCAACAGUAUAGUCGAAAAUGAUGGAUACAUAACCGAGGAUACCGCAUCGGAGUCGCAGGUCGAGGACCUGAGCCCCAUGUCGGCCGAUUAUAACGCUAUCGACGCAAUUGCGGCGGCGCAGAGUGACUUCCAAGCGCCCGAGCUGAUCGAGAAUUCUGACAAUGAGCCGCCCAUAGAAUCCGUCAAUAAUCCUGACGACGUUGUCACUGUUCAGGACUCGCCGAGGAUGCAUCAAAGAUCACAUUCCGACGUUCUACCGUUGUCCUCCGACGACACUCAAGAUAAGAAAAAGAAGAAGAAGACGAUCCUAUCGCAAUUGCUACCGUCCGUUUCCGUGAACCAUACAAUAUCGAAUCCUUUGGGGCCUUUAGAGCAUUAUCUGUUACCUCUUGGAUCCGUGGUACCGAUAGUUGUCUACGAAUCCGAGCUUUCGUCCAUAAUCGCGUACGCCCUAGACUCGCACGACUACAAACACAUGUUGCAGGAGCUUUUACGUACAGCGAAGGGACCGGAGUUGAAUUCUAGUCCAUUAAGCAAACGCAAGUUUCCUGAAGGUAGGGACAGCUCUCUCGACCUGGCACAAUCGGGCGAGUUCAAGCGGCCGUCCGUGCUGUCCUUCUUCCGAGGCAACAGUCCCAAUUUAGCCAACAGUCCCAUUGAAUCCGACAAGAAUGUAUCAAACGCGGAAACGAGCAGCGGUGGCAGCGGCAGCGUCGUCGGUCCCGACGUCGACGACGAUAAGAAAGCGAUCAAACAGCAAAACUAUAUCGAAGUGCAAUUCAAUGACGCCACGACUAAUUUCUUCUGCAGGAUAUACUUUGCCGCGCAGUUUGCCGCGCUGAGGGAGAACGUUCUGCCCUGCGGCGAAGAUGGCUUCACGAGAAGCCUAAGUCGAACCGUGCAGUGGGCGGCCAGAGGUGGAAAGAGUGGCAGUGCCUUCUGCAAGAGCAGAGAUGAUAGAUUUAUCAUAAAGGAAAUGUCUCGAUUGGAAAUGCAAAUUUUUCUCGAUUUCGCGCCCAACUAUUUCGCUUACAUGGAAAAGUGUCAGCAAACUAAGCAACCGACGUUAUUGGGCAAGAUAGUUGGCGUGUACAGAGUGUCGUACAAAAACAACACGACCAACGCGGCGCUUCGUACCAGCGUGUUAGUAAUGGAGAAUCUCUUUUAUAAUCGAACUAUCACCGAUAAAUUCGACUUGAAAGGAUCUGUGCGGAAUCGUCUGGUGAAUCCAGACGACACGUGCCACGAGGGUGAACUGGUCUUAUUGGACGAGAAUCUGUUAAACAUGAGCUGUGACUCUCCUCUGUAUAUUCGAUCACAUUCCAAGGCAGUAUUAAAUCGAGCCAUUGAACAGGAUACAAAGUUUUUAGCCGACAAUUCUGUGAUGGACUAUUCAUUGCUAGUAGGCUUGGAACCGAGCUCCGAUGAACUCGUACUCGGCAUAAUAGAUUACAUAAGAACGUUCACGUGGGACAAAAAGCUGGAGACGAUGGUGAAGAAAUCCGGUAUAUUGGGUGGUCAAGGUAAAUUGCCGACCAUAAUAUCACCAGAGGAAUAUCGCGCCAGGUUUAUAGCUGCAAUGCAUCGCUAUUUCCUGCCGGUACCAGACAGAUGGUCAGGUCUAGGUAGAAGCGUUGAGAUACCACCGCAAUAAAUGUAACUUUCAGAGAGAGAGCUAAGGUAUACAAAUUCGAUUUUACAUGUAACAAUUAAACGUAGCACAAUUGUAGAUUUUUUUAUGCGUGUGGUAAAGAUACAAGAGCGCGUCGUGUAUUUAUACAUUUUAUACCGUGAUAACAUACACGAGAAUGUGUCGAUCGAUGAAAAGUGAUACCGAGUUACCAAUUUUAAUUAACUUAUUGUUACGUAAUGUAAAUCAAUAUUUUAUUUCUCGUAAUGGAAAUAACUUUUACGGCUCGUAAGAGAUUACGUAUACAUGUAUAUAUCUUACAUCAUAUUCAUCAUAAGCGCCAAUGUAUAUAAUAGUCGUUUUGUAACACACUUCAAAAGCAGCUGCUCGUUCUCAAAUUGUAAAGUACAAAAGUACCAAUGAAACUAGAUCGCAAGAGACUAA